AUGGUGAAUCCGGGGAAGGCACACUGGGAAGCUGUGAAGUGGAUCCUGAGGUACUUAAAAGAGGAAUGUGAUAUUUCACUCUCGAAGGUACACACAAAUGAGAACCCAGCUGACAUGUUAAUCAAAGUGGUGACGGAAGGGAGAAGGGUGAAGGUGGUGAAGGUAGUGAAGGCAGCGCCUAGGCGCCAUGUGCAGGCGCCUAGGCGCCCCGACUGUGGAGCCAAGGCAGAAUGUUGGCGCCUAGGCGCCCCGAAGAAAAUGAUUUAUUUUGUUUCCUUUAUUUUGUUCAUCAUCUUCCUUUACAAAUGGGCUACUUCAAAAUCCAAGAAAAGGUUGCUACCAUCUCCAGCGAAACUUCCAGUAAUUGGAAAUCUUCACCAACUCGGCUUACACCCUCAUCGCUCCCUUAAAGAACUAUCCGAACGCUACGGUCCACUCAUGAUGCUUCAUUUGGGCAGUGUACCAGCACUGAUAGUCACCUCCGCGGACGCGGUUCGAGAGAUAGUGAAAAAUCAGGACCUGAUUUUCUCAAGCAGGCCGAAACUAAGUGUUAUGCAUAGAAUUGUUUAUGGCUCCAAGGACAUAGCUUUCGCUCGUUAUGGUGAUCACUGGAGGCACGUUAGAAGUAUAGGCGUGCUUCAGCUUUUGAGCAACAAGAGGGUUCAAUCUUGUCGUCAUAUAAGAGAAGAAGAAACAGUGGUCUUGGGGAAGAAAUAUGGCGGUGGAGAAGAAAGUGAGAACUUUGAGUUGAUGUUGAAGGAGAUUGGGGAGUUAUUGGUCACUUUUAACCCUGGGGAUUUCGUGCCAUGGCUAAACUGGGUUAGUCGUGUGAAUGGUUUGGAUGCCAGAUUGGAGAAAGUGGCUGAAUCAUUUGAUGAAUUUUUGACCCGUGUAGUUGAAGAGCAUAGAAGUCGAAUUGUUGUCGGAAAUUCGACUAAUGCAAUCAAAAGAAGAAAUAAAAUAAGCAAAAAAAUAAACAGUAAAUGA